AAGACUUUGUUCAGCGUGAUAUGGGGAAGAAAAGUAAAAGAAGAGGGCAGCAGAGUCAGGCUGGUCCAUGUUGUUCUGAAGCCUGCUGUGAUUAUGGUGUGGACAAGGAUGUGCUUGUUGCUUGUCAGAAGAUUUUUGAAUGUAAGUAUAGAUAUUUCCAAAAUACCGUAAAGUUCCAAAAGUAACAAGCCCCCUUAUUUCACAUUUAACAGCCUUUUCCUAUCGCUACUUUUGGAGGGUUGCUACUUUAAUUUCAAGAGGUUGCUACUUUUGGGUAACUAAGACGUGUACCAUACAUGGGCCGUAUGAAGUUACCAUAAUAAUAGCACAACAAAUGUGAAAACAUCAACAAUUUUUAUGUGGAAAAACUUACAGUAUUUCACGUUAUUACUUUUGAAAAAAUUCAAAAGAACCAUUUGAUUACGGUAUGGGUAUUCACAGAUGAAAGGAAGACUUUUUGAAAAAAGAGGUGUAAUGUACCUUUAGAGUUACAUGAAGGAAUGUCAAAGAUCAUUAUAACCAAUAAAAUAUACCUUGAAUCAGUUUGAUAACACUUGUAUAUAAUAUAUUAUAAUUUCUGUUAUUUAUAGCAAAAAGGGAAAUUACCUUUGAAGUCGCUAUUUUUGGAGAGUCGUUAUUUGCAAUGGUCACCACUUCUGGCAUUUGCUAACACCUGUCACAUUUUAUCACUACUUUUGAAGGGUUGCUACUUUCAGGAAGUUGUGACUUUUGGAACAUUACAGUAAUUCAGAUGUUUGCAUACUUUAUGGGAGGGGAUUCAAAAUAGGAAUGUGCUACACCCUUUUUAUGGGAAACUGAAAAUGCUAAAUUUUGUGAAUAUGUUGACUCCUUGUUUUUGCAAGUAGGAGUUCAGGGUUGAAACCUCAUAAAAUUGUUUUGUUGCUAAGUUUCAUCAACGGGCCUUUCAAGGUUGAAAGAUCCCUUGCUUUCAGUUACCUUAUUUUUAAUCCUUUCACUCCCACUGAGUGAAUCAGAAGUCUUGUAAGGUGGUUCUAAUGUUUGAAUCUGUGGACAAAAUACUGCAGUGUGACCAUUCAAAUGGAACCUCUCUACCAGUAUGUCACAAAUUAAAAGUUUUAUCUCUCAGCGUGCAAAGAAAGGCGGGUCCGAUAGCCCAGGGCUAGUGAAUUUUGCUAUCAGGCUAGUAAUUUUUGUUCUUAACUUGCCCAACUGGCAAGUGCUGUUUUUGGGGGAAAUUCAAAUACAUGUAAUUACAGAAGGACUGCAAUCAAUCCUGCUAAUCAAAAAGGGUUUUGGAGCUAGUUGAAAUGACUUAUGGGCUAGUACAUGCUAGCUAUAGCUUGCCCAAAUGGCAGGCUGUAAAACUGACUUUCUUUGCACCCUGUCUUUUAAAAUCUUUUUGCAAAGUGAAAUUUGGAAAUUUUGUUGAAUUUUGACCUAAGUCAUCAGGGCUUGAAAAAAAAGAAACUCGAAUGCCAGAUUUUCCUUUGGGCAAGCAGCUCUCAAAUUCUUUAGUUGGAGGAUGACUUCCUUGGACCUUUGCCCAUUGGGCAAGUACUUACAUCGUAAGCUUUAAAAGUUACUUGCCCACCAAGAAAAUCUACUUGUCCUGGACUGCUGGAUGGGACUUUAGUUGAGCCCUGAGUCAUGGGAGUGAAAGGUUAAGGACCUAGUUGCAUGAAAACCAUACCCUAUCCUGUAGCACGUAUCCUGUACAUGUAUCGCUUAGAUAAAGGAGUAUACCCUCCCUCCCCACCUCACAGGAUUUCAAAUCAUGUGGGUCUAAUUGUGCUUAAUUGUCACCUUUUUGUAGUGGUGUCUUUAGACACUCCUGUGUUGCCGACCAAGCAGUGGGAAGAACAUCUAAAGCUCCGCACAUUAGUAGAAAAGAUCAGAGAAAAGCAAACUGGUAUGAUCAGUGUUGAUGUUCUGCAAUUUUGUUGCACUAUUUUAAAUUCAUGUUUGGUGAAACUCAUAUAUUAAGAGGAUCCCAUAUUAAGUGGACAGCCUGUAUUAAGUGUACAUAGUGUCAAUGUGUCUUUAAAGUUUAUUAUCUCUGAAGUGGACAUCUCAGAAUUAACAAGGGCUUUGCAGUUUUCACUGCUACAUAUUACCGUAGCAUAAAAGGUUGUUUAAACAAACAGGUAUCAAAUGAGAAAUUUUGAGACUCACCUAUUAUGCGAAAAUGUUGUUUGGAAAUCAUAGACCAUGUGGAAAAAAUGUCUUGAACUAUGGGACAUCCAAAAUCAACAACCUAGUUCCCAGGGUCCUCUUCUACUCAUGCCCUACUCAUCCCUGGAGCACUGGGGACAAGUUUGAGAGUAAUGAUUGUAUUUAUCAGGUUUCUUAAUGAUUCACUUUGUUUUGCAUUUCAGCUCUAUCACUGUUUGGGGCAUCUGAUCAUUCCAGGCAAGACAAUAUUGCUGGUUUUAUCAAAUGGUUUAAUGAGAAUGGUGGCAAGGCAGAUUCAGUGGAAAUUGAUGACUAUGGACAACAAGGAUUAGGCUUGAAAGCCAUUGCUGAUAUUAAGGUACUAUAAAGUACUAGUUGUACAAUGUUUUUAUACCAAUUAACGACACUGAAGCACACAUAUCAACUACAUGGUAUGGCCAUUACCUUACACAUGCACACAACCAUAUCACCCGGGCAGUGGCAGCCAUGGACAGCUGUUUCACUCUUGUUGGGGCUCAACAGCAUGGCAUAACCGUCGGGUGAAUGAACUGUUUUCCAGUUCCAAACCAACAGCUAACACUUGUUUACAGUGGAGCUGGUGCUUAAAGGAGAGCUUUGCACUCACCUCGGCAGUAAAGGGUCUUUGAUAUGCGUGUUUUAUCCUCACUCAUUGACUGGACUGCUAUGCCAUGCUGAUGAGCCCCAGUAAGGGCGAAACAGCUGUCCAUGGCUGCCACUGCCCAGGUGAUAUGGUUGUGCGCAUGCGUAAGGUACUGGCCAUACUGCGGAGUUGGUACGUGUGCCUCAGUGCAUAUUUUGGUUGUUACAAUGUUUUUGACUGGCAUACUGUCAAAAAAUCCCUCAAAUAACCGGAUAAGGUAUCAGGUUUUUUUAAGAAUUUUUUCUGGGAUGACUAUGAUGACUAGGAUGAUUGGGAUGACUCUGGUGACUGGGGUGACAGGGGUGACUACAUGGAGGAUGACAGGGAUGACUAUGGUGAUUAGGAUGACUGGAAUGAUUAGGCAGAUUGUUACCACGAUGACUGUGAUUACUGGAACGAUUGGGGUGACUGGGAUGACUAGGGUGACCUGGAUGACUAGGGUGACCUGGAUGACUAGGAUGACCUGGAUAACUAGGAUGACCUGGAUGACUGGCAUGACUAGGGUGACUGGUAUUGCUGGGAUAAUAGUUGAAUGGGGUGUUUAGGAUGACAGGGAUGACUGGGAUGGCAAGGAAGACUGGGAUGACUGAAAUGACUGGAAUGAAUGGGAUGACUAAGGGACUGGGAUGAAUGGGAUGACUAAGGUGACUGGAAUGAAUGGGAUGUCUAAGGGACUGGGAUGAAUGGGAUGACUAAGUUGACUGGGAUGAAUGGGAUGUCUAAGGGAGUGGGAUGAAUGGGAUGACUAAGGUACUGGGAUGACCAGGGUGACUUGGAUUGCUGUCAUGACUAAGCUGAGUGGGAUGACUAAGGUACAGAUAACUGGGAUGACUAGGGUGACUAGGAUGACUAGGAUGACCAGGGUGACUGAGAUGACGAGGAAAGGUGGGUUGACUGGGAUAAUUAGGGUGAAGGAGUGGCUAGGAUGACUAAGGUGACUGGUAUGACUAAGGUGACUGGGAUGACUAGGGUUGGAUGUAAGACCCCUGGUUGUGAGAUCCCUUGGUUGAAAGACCCCUGGUUGUAAGAACCACUGGAUGUAAAACCCCUGGUUGUUAGAACCCCUGGUUGUAAGACCCCUACAUGUAAGACCCCUGGUUGUCAGAACCCCUGGUGGGAAGACUCCUGGUUGUAAGAACCCCUAGUUGAAAGACCCCUGGUUCUAAGAAAGCAAAGCGUUAUUUUUGGCAGUUCUGUUUGCAUUUGGAAAACAGUAAACAAAGGCGCAACCCAGGGUAGUGUUUCAGGACCUUAUUUGUUCAAUAUAUUUCUUAACGAUCUGGAGAUUAAAUUAGGGAACGAGACACUUGGUUUUAAAUAUGCGUAGACUGUACGAUUAUUGCUCCGGUAUAUGAUGAUAUAGGUCACUCUGCAGACUUAAUAAAUCAGUUUGUACGGUGGGGAGGCCAAAAUAGAAUGAAUUCGAAUUCUACAAAAUGUAAAAAGCUUAUUAUGUAUAAAAAACGACACACUGCUGAGGCCUACAAUAGUAUUUUAGGCAUACCACAGACUAGUACAGUAACCAUUCUAGGUCUCACAUUUCAGCAGAACUGCAAAUUCAGCACCCACGUUAAAGAAAAGUUAUGUAAAGCUAAUAAUUGCUUGUACGUCAUCAGAUGCCUCCGAAAAGAAGGAUGUAGCCAAGCAGAAGUAGACCAUUUAUUCUCUUCCAUAGUUCUACCUAAUAAUUAUUAUUACUUAUGCUUUAUCUGUGUAUGGGGCCUCUGAAGCAGAGCUAACUAUAGCCCAGCAGUUUUCAGAUCAUGUUUUAAACACAGAUACAUAUCCAAGAAAUUAGAGAUAGGUGAAUUACUUAAAGUGCAAGAUCAUAGAAUUUGUAUAAUUUUGUAUAAGAUAUGUAAUUUUAUCUUUUGAACAAUAAAGACACUUUUAUUUUACUUAUUUAUUGAAACUCCUGGAUGUAACACCCCUGGAUGUAACAACCCCUGGUUGUAAGACCUUUGGAUAAAAGACCCCUGCUUGUAAGAACCCCUGGAUGUAAGAACCCUGGUUAACAGGGGGUAACAAGGGGUUACAGGGGGUAACAAGAGGUAACAGGGGUAACAAGCGGUAACAGGGGUAACAAGGGGUAAUAGGGGUAACAAGGGUAACAAGAGGUAACAGGGGUAACAAGGGGUAACAGGGGUAACAAGGGGUAACAGGGGUAACAAGGGGUAACAGGGGUAACAAGGGUGACAAGGGGUAACAAGGGUGACAUAGGGUAACAGGGGUAACAAGAGGUAACAGGGGUAACAAGGGGCAACAUGGGAAAGAGGGGGUAAGAGGGGUAACAAGGGGUUAUGAAGGGUAACAGGGGUAACAAGGAGUAACAGGGGUAACAAGGGUAACAAAGGGUAACAAGGGUAACAGGGGCAACAAGGGUUAACUGGGGUAACAGAGGUAACAAGGGGUAACAGCGGGUAACAAUGGGUAACAGGGGUAGCAAUGGUAACAGGGGUAACAAAGGGUAACAAGGUUAACAGGGGUAAGAAGGGGUAACAGGGGUAGCAAUAGUAACAAGGGGUAACAGGGGGAACAAGGGGUAACAGGGGUAACGAGGGGUAACAGGGGUAACAAGGGGUAACAGGGUUGACAAGGGGUAACAAGGGUAGCAAGGAUGACAAGGGGUAACGAGGGGUAACAAGGGGUGACAAAGGGUAAUCAGGGGUAACAAGGGCUAACAGGGGUAAUAAGGGGUAACAGGGGGUAACGAGGGGUAACAGGGGUAACAAGGGGUAACAGGGGUUACGGGGUAACAGGGGUAACAAGGGGUAACAUGGGGUAACAGGGAUAACAAGGGUAACAAGGGGUAACAGGGGUUACAAGGGUAACAAGGGGUAACAGGGGUAACAAGAGGUAACAGGGUAAAAGGGGGCAACAGGACUCACAUGACUGGGGUAACUAGGGUAGCCAGGAUGAUUGGGAUGACUGGGAUAACUUGGGGCUGGGAUGACUAGGGUCACUGGGAUGAUUGGGAUGACUUGGGUGAUUAGGCUGACUGGGAUGACUUGUAUGACUUUGAUGACUAGGGUGAAUGUGUUGACUGGGAUAACUGGGAUGACUAGGACAACUGGGAUGACUCUGAUUACUGGGAUGACUGAUGACUUGGAUGACAAGUGUGUCUGGAAUGACUAGGAUAUUUUUUAACUGAGAUGACUAGGUUGAGAAUGCACCCAAAAUUGAGUGGUGAGAGGGGAAGUGGGCAGAAGGGUUUGGAAAAUUGUGCAUAGCAUAGUUCUUGCUACUUUACUGUGCAUGACAGCUGACCAGGUAUUUCAUUGGUUGAAACAAAAGAAAUACAUUCAUUGUCAGUUCUACAAAGCAGGAGGAAAAAGGCUAUGGGUGACUAGAAAAGUACAUAGAUAAAAAAAAAUGGGAGUCAGAGUCUUCCAUGAGCAUUAAAAUUGUUCAUGUCACAAUGGGUGUGGUUUCACAUAGGUGCAUAAACAGAAGCUGUAAAACCCUGUUAUUACAGAAACCAGAAGCAGAGUUGUAUGGACUCCUUAUGUGCCAUGAGGCACAAAGAGGAUAGGUGAAGGUGUGAAGGUGAUGUGCACAAAGUACAUUUGUAACUGCAUUAUCUGCAGUACAGUAUUUUUCUGAAUGGUUGCCUUACUUUCAGAGUGGAGAGCUUUUUGCCUCAAUACCAAGAAAACUGAUGAUGUCAGCAGAGACAGCGCGAAAUUCAGAAUUAGGUACAGUCAUGUGGUUUAACACUUGUAGUCUAAUUCGGUCAGGGCACCAGGCCUCAGUCAUUGAAAUGGUGGAUAAUGCUAUCCACCGGAUACAUGUAAAUCUCUAUUCAGUGUAUAAUGUUAUCUGUUUCCCUAAUGCUUAUACUAGGGGUUUUUUGAGUGGAUGUUGCUAUCCACUGGGGCCAGGGUAGAUAGUAAGUAAGUAACUAAGUAACGUUUAUCAAUGUGUAGGUUAUCGGAUGUGGUUUUGCUGCAGAAAUGCCUCACGUUAGAACAGUAGUCAAAAUGGGGCGCAAUUAAUGUUUUUCCUUAUAUCAAGGGGUAGAAUGUUUCUCAAACGUUUCAAUACUGCAAGCUGUUGGGAUACCUUUCUUGUCGCAUUGGCGAUCUGUGUAUCGAAUUUCAGCUCGUUGUCAAUAGUGACACGAAAGAGAGUGAGGUCUUCACGCACUGGUAUCGUUGUAUUAUCACAAUGGAACUUUGAUUUCAGAGUUUGUAAGUUGCCCAUGACCACAGCUUGAUAUUUUGAAUGGUUCCGUUGAAGAACAAAAUCAAACUGUCAUUCAGUAUUAACCCUUUAAGACUCAAUACCCAGAUACAAAUUCUCCAAACCGGUCUCUAUCCAUUUUCAUAAAGAAUAAGUUGUGAGAAUUUCAUAAAAGAUCAGAGCAUUUUCCCUUAGGUGAUCAAUUUCUUUAUUCUCACAACCUUUUCUCUUGAUUUUGUUUUGAUAUUCUUUGGAGAAAAUUGAUGUUUGUCACUCUUGGGGGCUUUUUCUCCACAAGCCAGAAAAUUAGAGUUUCACUAUACAAACCUAUUGACAUAAAUGAUUAUUCUAAGUAUGUUCGCCAAUUACUAUAAUCCUCGUAACUCAGGUACAUCCUUCUUAUAAUCCUUAAAAUAAAUCAUUGUAGUAAACUUGUUCAGGGGCUCUCUCCGUAAAGCCCAAAAGGAUUUGCUGAGAGCUCCUGCCCAGGUAUAAUAUUAUGUUAUAUUACCCUGUAAUUAGUAUUUGAAAGGGCAAAUAAAGAUUGAUUGAUUGAUUGAUUGAUUAAAGGGUUAACCAGAUUUCAUGUGGUACUGUUUGUUAUUCAGUAUUUUCUUGAUUUAAAAAGGUUUAUUAAUUGCAGUUGUUUUAUUUUCUAUUCUGUUGCAGCCCCCCUUAUUGAAAAAGACAAUAUUCUAAGAGUGAUGCAGAAUGCCUGUCUGGUUCUUCACGUUUAUUGUGAAAAACUCAAGACGAAUUCCUUCUGGAAGCCCUAUCUCGGUAUCCUUUACACAGAACAGAAAAAGUCCUGUGUUUUAUAAUUGUCACAUUGCAGUUUUGCUAUAGUGAGCAUAGAAUCUAUCAUUUGGCCAUAGCUAUCAACUUUAAUUGAGCACCAAAAAUGUGAUAAAUGAUGUGUGGUUUUGCAUGUUGUUGUGAUAAAAUGGUUGCUUUUGGCAUUACAUGUAAACAUGUACAGAAAUGCACUAUCACAGCAAUCAAUACCCCUCUUAAUAUUUUCCUCUCCUUACAUCCCCAAAUUAGUUUAAGGCCAUAAAAAGUCCAACUUAUAGUUGUCGCUUUGGUUAAGUUUUAGGUGUGUUCAGUUGGCCUCUUUGUGAAUAAGAAUACCUGGAAUUAGCACCCUUGGGAGGGGUACUCCCUAUAAUGGCCUAUAUGGGGAGUCUCCGCCUGAAAGAGAAAAAUUUCAUUUUGGUCUGUAAAAAGGCACAAGAGGGCUAUCAGAUGUAUUUCAUGGUUGUGGAAAAGUCAAGAAAACUUUCAUGGUUUUGUAAUUUUUUAAUGCUUGAAAGACAGCGCAUUUACAGCAGUUAAAAGGAAUGCAAAGGUCUAAACUAGGUCUGUGAAAGGGUACCAUUUUUCAGUAGAAGGUAUAUGAAAGGGGUAACCUUUCUGUCAAAAAUUUAGUAUAAAAGGGUAAGGGGUCAGAUCUUGGGGUGGAGCCUUCCUGUAUAAAACUUUGUUGUGUACACCCUCUGGGAAUUGACGCUUCUAUCUACAGGAAAACCCAUAUCUCCUAGACGAUCAGACAGAGCCUUUUGAGGGUUGAGGACAAGGUUUUACGUAUAAGGUUUUAGAUAUAAACUUUGUACUAGCAUUAAUUUAUUGUAACUUCCUUGAUCAGGAUUGUAUUUUAGAUAUUCUUCCGACUUCAUAUUCAACCACAUUGUACUUUAGUAUUGAUGAGAUGCAGGACCUAAAAGGCUCCCCAGCAUUUGGUAAGAAAUUCAAAUUCAUGUAAUGUUAUCAGUACAUAUAGUGCGUAGUACAUAGUACAUAUCUUGACGUCCACUGCACGAAUACGACCUGAAACCUCCUAAUGCCUCGUUUUAUGGAGGACGUGAACAUAUGACGACGAAUUUUCCUUUCUCUUUUUGAACCUGGAUAAAGUCCUUAAGAAUUCAACUCCAUGAAAAAUCGCCCACAUUUGACCAAAUAAGUCGGUCCAAAUAGACUCGAUAAGGUUUUAAAGGACGCAAAUUCCUUUUUUUAGCGACGUUUUUCACUGCCCUCGUCAUCGUCGUUGCUUGUACUGACAACUUUGGCUGUAGAAUCAAAUUCACUCUUGUAUACAGAGCAUUAUUUUCAAUUCUGCGAGUAAACGACUACAAGCCUGAAUCUGACCUAUACAUGUAAACGGCGUCAGUCUAUAUAAUACAGCUGUCAAAUGCAGCGAAACCGAUCAGAUAAAACUGAGUCAUUUCUCUGAAUGAAUGCCCAAGUUGCAAACACUCCAGUUAACGUAUAUGGAACGUAUUAGACUGAGCCUGAGCACAAGGUCAUGUGACCUACAAAGUUGGGCCUGGGAGAUAACAAAACAGGGCACCCAGCUGCUACGUUUUCCUCAACUGAACCUGGCAUAGCAAAUUCUCCUGCUAUUAUAUGUUUCAGGUGAGGCGCUGAAAUUGUACAGAAAUAUUGCUCGUCAAUAUGCUUAUCUCUAUCAACGAAUUCAGCAGGUUAGUGGUCUCAAAAAUUUGAUUUUAUCUCAAGCUUUUACAGUGUAACUUAAAAUAGGUAAUAUAUCCUUCCGCGGUUUUUUUUUUCCACUAGCGAGGAAGCAGUAAGUAGCUGUAAGCGAAUAUCCAUCGACACUCUCGGAAAGACGGCCUUAAAAUGUGGUAACUUACCAAGUUUAACGGUGAUACGUCCAAAGCGAGCGAAGAUAUUACCCCACAAGGUCGCAAAAGUUUUCAGACGUUUGUUUAGGGGGGGGGGGCACGAACAUGCUCCCCACCGUGAAAACGUCUGUAAAAUUUCACGACUUUGCGGUGAGAUGUGUUCAUUAGUUUUCAACAAAUCAGUUUCAAACUUGGCAACGUUACUGAUUUUAACUCGUUCUUUCCAGCCGUGUUGACGAAUUUUCGCUACAAAAGUUAAAAAACACCGUGGAAGGAUCUGUUGAUUCCUUCAAGGCAAAAGCUGAAAACACUAUUGCGGAAUUGCACAUAUUUAAGUCAUCCUACUGAUGAACAGUUACGACACGUACAUAUAUUUUUUAGCAGCUACUAUAAAUUGAAGUCUGUCCACUCUGAAUUUAUUUAUUUAUUUAUUUAUUUAUUUAAUCGCUUUCACCAUGAUUACAAUGCUAAAAUAAGACUAGGAAAAAAAACAUGUGAACAAGUUUUAAGAACUAGAGACGGGGGUGCGGGAUACACAACAGAGCGAGGCUCCAAAUUAAGUGUGCCUUUGAGAAAAAUACACAAAUACUAACUACGUAAACAUUUUAAGAAGUAUAAAAAUCUUAUUUCCAAAAAAGAUAAGAACGAAUCACUCCCGCAGCCGAUAAAAAGUCUCGGUAGCAGCAGUUGCCAGCUAGCACUAGCAUCCUCAAAACCACAGAUAAGAAAGAUCAGAGAAGCAAUAGAGAUUCGAUACCAGACGACGAACGGGCACGCCCUUACAGCACAUAUAAUUUACGAGGUCAUUCUAUCACGUGAUAUUAUUUUGUCAUCAUAUGUCACAUGACGAAUUUCAGCGAACGUAUUUCGUUUGCCAAAGACAGAAAAGGUGUUAAAAGCUUUGGUAGUAAAGAUUUUUUAUAUCCUUAUGAGUAACUAAUGGAUUGCAGCAGCGGAUUAGCCAAUGAAUGCAGCCUCUGCAGGGGACGUUUUGCGAAAUGUCCCAGUGGCGGAGAGAAAUUAGUCUGCUACAUAGCCGUUUUUAGGGUCGUCAAAGAAGGCUGUGUAGCAGACUAAAGGGAAACGAGAGGCGCUUGUAUUUGCAGGCUAGAAUAGGAUCGGAUGCCAAUAUUUUCACUACUAAUUAUUGUGUUGUUUCUUUGAUUACAGUUUUGUCCAGAGACAGCAAAGCUCCCAUUGAGAAACCAUUUUACUUUUGACGACCAUAGGCAAGUGAUUUUUUUAAUGAGCGCAUUUCUUUAGCUUAAACAACAGGCACGUUUGUGAUGUUCAAGUGUCCUAGGUUGAGCAAUCAGCAAGACAUAUGUGUUAAUAACGUGAGUGCGUUAUAAGGCAUGGAAGUUCUUCUUCCUAAUAAUGAGGGUAACAUAUUAAAGUUUCCUUUUUUCCCCAGUUUUUUUUUCUGGUUUUUGUUAGUACUCAAACUGCUGUCCAGGUAGCCUGGUUGGAAGAUUGCUCGUCUUCAGAGCGGAAAGAUGACAAGGAUAGAAAGAAUAUACCCUUUUUUUUCUUGAACGCGAGAACACACCUGUCCAUGUUAAAAACGACUACAGUCAAACCUGUAUUGAGUGAACCUGUAUUUAAUAGUCACCCGCUAAAGAUCGUUUUCACGUGACGUCACGGUAGCCAUAUUGGUGUAUAAAACAAUGAAACGGCGGCCAUGUUAUGUACCCGAAACAAUCCUGGGGAAGUUGAACUCUUUUGAGUUUUCUCAUGUAAAAACUUUUUUUUGUUCCAAGAAAUUUGCACAGCUGCUAACCACGCGACUGAAAACAAUCUAUUAAACGGUCACUUGCCAACAUCCCGGAAAUCAUUUCUCUUAACUGCUGUUACACUGACCAGCGGCCGUCGAGCUAUCAAGCUUGCCGUUUUCCCGUUGAAGUUGAACAUGAUGCUGAGUUCUAUUGCAAAAUUGCAGCAUAACUUGCUUUAGAUCUUUAGGUACAACUACUUUCUUGGGGUGUCUUCAGUUUCAGUAGUAGUGACAAGGGGUUAAAGUUAUCGAAUCUUCUUUCUCUUUUUGUACAUCUCAGAUGGGCAGUCUCAACUGUUAUUACUCGUCAAAACAAGAUUCCCAGCACCACAGGAGAACCAACACUGGCACUGAUUCCAAUGUGGGAUAUAUGCAACCAUAGUAACGGCACAGUAGGUGUACAGUGUAUUCACAGUUGUGAACAUCAGUCUUUAUUUCUGUGUGGGUCUAAUCAAAUGGUGACGAGUUAAAUCAGGAAAAAUCAAGAAAUAGUUUCAUGCGAGUUUUAUCAAAUACAGUUGAACCUCCACUAACGGCCACCUCUCUACAACGGACACUUUUUUGUCCCCGUGGACGAAUAAUCCAUAUUGACUCUUGUUUAAACAUGUCUACAAUGGCCCCUGUUUCUGUCCCCAAGGUGGCCGUUUUGGAGAGAUUUAACUGUUCUAGAAUUUGAGAAAACACAAGGGACAUUAUUUUCUACUUUCACGAGUAUACCAUUUGAUUACUAAUUACCUUUUCCUCUUUUAUUUUAUCGAGAAUUCCGAGACUUCCGAGCGUGCCGAAUGUUCACAAUUUUACUUGUAAAUUUGAGUUAAAAUCAAGUUGUAGGUUAAUUUAAAGGGGCCACGUCAAGACUGUCUUGUUGCCAACGAGCAGCUUCGCGAAAACGCGAGGCUGCGAGGCGGUAGCAUAAGAAAGCCGUGCGCAGAAGUUCCAAGGCAGAAUGAAUCUCGAAGCGAUGCAACGUAAGGCCGUGUAAGGUAAUUUUUAUGACGUAAAGCAGAACAGAGAAGGCACUGUUUUCGAGCGAACACGUGCGCAAAAGUUCCAAGGCAAGUGUAAGGUAACUUUUAUGAGAUGAGUGCGUUACAUGACGGUAAAUGACUAACCUUGAACACGCGCGCGCGUAUAGGUAAAAUCUUUGCUCGUUGGCACUUAGCGACACGUGUAUGGAACGUUAGCGACGAAAUUACUUGCAAACGACUAAAUCACGACUUCAUGUCAAAGAAAUCAGAUGUCUCUUAAACGUUAUAUAAAGUUGAAAACAAUAGAAACAAACUUUGAAAAACUGUUCGGCUAACAAGUUUUCACUAAUCACAGUUGCAAUCCGUUUUAUUCUUCUUCAAGGUUGUCCUUCCCGGCGUGCCUCCUUUUGUAUGUGCUGUGUUAUUUAUACCUUAUUUUCCUGUUUUGAGCGGUUAUUUUUAUGUUUCGCUCAAUUUGGUGGCAUUUCCUACUGUUUAAAUUUUGAUAAAUUUCCUGACACUGCUAGUUUAAGCAGCCGGAGAAAACAGCCGACAUUUGGCGACGCUACCACUGGUUUCCCCGCCAAAUGACGUCUGAGAAACGAGCGCAGAAAUUCCAUGCUGAUGACGCGUCAGAUCUGGGUAGUGUAAAUUUCCCACGCGGCACGACCAAUCAGAAACACUACCCAAAUUUGGGUGGUGACGCGUCAUCAGUAUGGAAUUUCUGUGCUCGUUUCUCAGACGUCACUUCGCGAGGAGACCAGUGGUGGCAUCGUGAUAUGUCGGCUGUUUUCUCACGCUAAUAAAUUUCUUGACUUUGUAGCUAGUUUAAGUAACCGAACAAUUUUCCUUAGAUAACUACAGGUUAUGUUGUGGCUGAAGACAGUUGUCAAAGCUUUUCCAUGAAGGAUUUCUCAGCUGGCGAACAAGUGUACAUAUUUUACGGCGAGCGAUCAAAUGCAGACCUGUUGGUUCAUAAUGGUUUUGUCUAUGAGAGUAAUAGCCAUGACAGAGUCACCAUACAGCUUGGAGUCAGCAAGAGUGAUCCAUUGUACUCUUUGAAGGAAACACUUUUAACUGCCCUAGGAAUGACUGCGUAAGUUGUCAUGCAGCACAAAGUCGCUAUGAAAUCAUUAGGCAGAUUUAGAAAGACGACAUGACGAGAGUGAAAACAAGUUCAACGCUCGCAGAAAAAGCAUCAGUUGAAUCUCGUUUACAGCAAGGAGCCCAAACGUGCGACCGCUUUUGAUUUAUUCACAUUCUUUCGUACAGAUUUAAUCCAGUCAGAAGCUAAACGGUCCUCGACUUCUGAUUGGUUAAUGUCUGCAUGAAAGAUUGUGAGUUAAUUAAAGGAGGUCACACUUUUGAGCUCCUUGCUGUAACAUUUACACGCGACCUUCCCUGCAUCGUCUCUGUUGUAAAAUUUGCUUCCAUGCGCACGUGAACAAUACGCGAAAGUGAAAUUCCACCGUUAGACGGUAUUGCCAAGUCGAUCCCGUUGUUCAUGUAAAAGGAGGAAAUUUGCAGCUGAAUUCACUCUUAGCGGUUUUAAUUAAAUUUAAAGUCAACGCUUUUUUUUAAAUCCCUCUGUAAUAAGAGCUUUUGAAGUAAUCUGUAUUUAACGGGGAAAGUAGCCUACUUCUCUGAGCGAAGUAGCCGUCGCUUUUCGUCGUCAGUCGGUUUUUACUGGAAGCACUUCCCUCUUCUCUCAGUACUGUAUUUACCAAGACACGACAGUGUAUUCAAAGUGAUUUCUUUACUUGCAGUUCGUUUCAUUCCUAUACUGUUCUGUGUGGCUGUGAGCCGUUUGGUCCCGAAUUGGUCGCAUUCUAUAAUCUAUAUUUAGGGGGAGAAGUAGCCUACUUCUCUGAGCGAAGUAGCCGUCGCUUUUCGUCGUCAGUCGGUUUUUACUGGAAGCACUUCCCUCUUCUCUCAGUACUGUAUUUACCAAGACACGACAGUGUAUUCAAAGUGAUUUCUUUACUUGCAGUUCGUUUCAUUCCUAUACUGUUCUGUGUGGCUGUGAGCCGUUUGGUCCCGAAUUGGUCGCAUUUCUUAGAGUCUUUUGUAUGAAAGAAGGUGGGUCGUUUUUAGUUUAGUUGGAAACGGUUUUUUAUAUGAUUGCCCAACACCCCGUCCACGUAAAGAGGUGUGCCUGACCUGUUUACAAACUUAAAAAUGGCGGCAAUGGACGAUAACUUGGUUGUCACUAUUAAGCUACGUGCAAACGGACGCAACAGCCUCCAACAAGGUUGGUUGCUGUUGUGCCCGUUUGCACGUAGCUAAACGUUUGACCGGUUUCAAACUUUGCGCAACAACUCCCAACAAUACGCAACAACAUGCAACAGAGUGUGCAAACGGACGCAACAUGUAACAUCCAACUGCGUUGGGAGUUGUUGGCCAACAAUGUUGCGUCCGUUUACUUGAGGAUUUACAGCACAUGCAAAGAAGAGAGUGUAGCUCGUGAGUAAACUCGGUAUUUUGGCCCAUAGGCGCUAGAGUCGAGCAAAGCGAACAAAAAAAGGUAAAGCAACCAGUAUUUUACGUCGGUAUCACGUGACAGUAAUUCAACUUGUAAAGUUGAGGUCGAUGGUGCGCUCAUUUUACCCCCCUCUCUCCAUCAAUGUUCUGUUUUAAGGGUAUUAAAAGCUACUUCAAGCUACACAGAAGGGAGGGACGUCGAAACAAGGAUUUGAUGUCACCGGCGAAUUCGGGACUUUGCAAACUGAAGGACGCGCACUAACCAGGUGUGCCACCCUGGCUUCUAAAUCGCGAGGGAAUUGCCUUCCCUUUCGCACUUGAAAGCCCAAAUGGAGACCUUGCUAGCAGGCUAAAACGGGUGUAACUUUGUUUUGUUGUGUUUCAUCAAUUUUACAGAUGAGUUAACAGGAUGGCUUGAGAAGGCUAACGAAGCCAGCUGUGAGCUGAGCAAGCUGUCAGAUUUCCGGUCGUCCGUUUGCAAGGAGGAGACUGAGAUCAAGUGUUGGCAAUUUCUGGAGACUCGAUUGUCUUUACUCUUGGGACAAUAUAGGACAACAGAACAGGUGAGUUAAUUGUGUUAAUCUAUUUUACUUUUGCUAGAUGCCGUAAAAGACCACGGGAUACUUGACACGCAGCUCUGGCAAGAAAACAGCUUUCUAUUCGCCACUUUAGAAACGAGAAGGGAACUAGUGUCGAAAUGUAUCCCGCAGUUGUUUCUGGGAUCGUUACUGGGGAUGCGCUGGUCAGCUAUUGGUCAAUUUUUUUCCCAGUCCCUAGUAACAGUCCCAGAAGCCUUUGCGAGAGUCAACUCAGCCCAGUCUCCUCCUUGUUUCUAAAGUGGCGAAUUGAGGGAGGGUGUGAGGGGAAGAGUGAAAGCGCGAUAUGACGCGGGGGGUGGGGAGAAACAAAGGGAGGGGAAGGAGGAUUCCUCUUAACACCCAGGCUAAGGAAUUCAAAACAAUGAUUCUACUGCUGAAAACAGUGAACCUGCAAGCUUCCUGAAGGGCGGAUUGCGCAGUAAAUGUGAACAUUCUUUUCUGUUUAGCGAGAAAUUCUGGAGCAGCCCGUGAUCAGAUGAAGUAUUCCAGAUGAAAGGAAAUAUUCUCUGAAAGUCUGUGGAUACCAGAUUAAAGUUAUAUGCCACUCCUCGGCGAUAAUACUGUUUCAAUUCCAAAGCAGUUUCUAUUACUUUUGAAAACCCUCCUAUUUUAUGGAUGUUGGGGGAGGGGGAGGGGGGGGGAGCGAGGGCGGGGGAGUCCGGACCACCCGACUUCCCCCCUCCCGGGGCUCUACCACUGUCCCCUAUAAUUUUUUUUUGUUUUUAUCCAGUGAUGAGACAAGCUUUAAAGAGCUGCGAACUAUAACACCUCUGAACUAUUUCAGCUCCUUUCCCGUGCGUCUCUUUUCACUAUCCAGCGUUCUAUAUUAAACUGAAAAGACCCUGUCCUGUACGUUGAGGUCGUACAAAGCUAAACAAACGCUGCUUUUUCUUGUGCUAAAGUAAUUCUUGUUAAUAUGCUUGUUUGUUUUGUUUGAUCGAUAGGAGGAACGUGAUUUACUGGCGAAUGAAGAGCUUUCACACCACAAGAAACUAUGCAUUCAACUCAAGAGGGCUGAAAGACAGGUUCUACAAAAUGCCCUGAAACGCGCCAUUGAGCUGAAGAAUAGUACACAGUCUGAACUAGAAACUGGUAAAUCCAACGAUUUGAAAACUGACGAAACAAAUUCAUCUGCUGAGUUAAAAGAUGCCAGCCCCCCAAACUCGAACGGAAACAGUGAAAUAAAUGAAACAUUAGCCGCUGUUAGUCAGCUCGAAAUUCAAGGAGAAUAACGGACGACGCCAAAACGACUGUCAACGUUAGAGCAUUUCUUUGUACAGUUUUCGAGUCGGAUGACACUAAAUUUUUAAUUAUCUACGUGUUAACAACCUUUGAUUUUCAUAUUAAGCUAAGACCCCGCCCGAAAUGAUUGAAUAAAUAAAUGAAUGAG